AUGUCUGCUCCGCCGCCGCCGCUGCCUCCGCUCGCGCCGCCCUCCUCCUCGGCCAGCGUCGCGCCGGCGCUCAAGGCGGCCAACUACCUCCUGCUGUUCGUCCUGAUCCUGUGCCUGACUUCGGCGAUCGACCUGGACGUGCUGCGCAGGGACUGGCGCCGGAUCCCGCGAGGCGUGCUGUGCGCGAUGCUCUGCCAGUUUGUCCUCCUCCCGCUGCUCGGCUUCUGCUCGGUGCUGGCCUUCCGUUUGAGGCUCGAGACGGUGGAGGGGACCAUGCUGCUCGUCAUCACCUCCUCGCCGGGGGGCUCGUACAGCAACUGGUGGUGCAGCCUCUUCAACGCCGACCUGCCGCUCUCCAUCGCCUCGACCGCCGCCUCGACCCUGGCGGCCGCCGCCGUGCUGCCGCUCAACCUCGCAAUCUACCUCUCCUUGACCUACGGUGGCUCGCUGCUGGGCGAGCUGCCGUGGGCGCAGCUCCUCACCUCGGUCGCCAUAAUCGUGAGCGGCGUCUGCGCCGGCCUGCUCGCCUCGCUCUGGAUCUCGCGCAAGCGGCGCGAGCGCGCCCCAAAGCUGCGCGAGCGGCUCAGCCUGCUCGGCAACGCGUGCGGGCUCGCGCUCAUCGUCAUCGGCGUCAGCUUCUCCUCGUCGAGCAGCGCGCCGCCCUGGAGCCGGCCCGGCGCCGUCUACGCCUCCCUCGCGCUGCCCGCCCUCCUCGCCGUGCCCCUCUCCGCCGCCGUCGCCUCCCUCCCCGCGGCGGGGCUGGUGAUCUACGGCUUCAUGCAGUCGAUGAUCGUCCUCCCCGUCCUGCUCGUCUCGUGGAAGGCGGGCUGGACGCACGCGCCCCCCUCGGCGCCCCUGCUCCGCGUCCUCCUCGAGUCGUGGCAGCCAACCUACCUCGACAUGCAGCAGGAGCAGCAGCAGCAGCAGACCGACAGCAAGCCACAGACCGCCACCGAACUGUCGUCCACCGGCAGCGUCGGCGCCGUCUCGCCGGCGCAGGCAGCCGGGGCAGCUUGCGGUGCCAGCGGCCAAAGAGGCACCGACACCGACGAGGGCGGCGCCGGGAGCAGCCCGGCUUGCGAGCCGGAUCUGCGGCCCGGCGGCUUGCGGUGA